AAUACGUCCAUGUCAGUUUUACUAAAUAAAUUAAAAUAUAAAGAAAAUAAUAAAUUUAUACGCACUUUAAAACUAUUUGUUAGAGUUAGCAACGGUAGCUUGAGAUCUUCAUCUGAAGCAUUAACUGUAGCUAGACAUUUAGAGGAAAAGUACGGUAAAGUUACUAGCAUACAAUUCGCUAGAAACAAUGAUACAGACGCUUUACUUAAUCACGGCUGGAUUGAGUUCGAUAGUGACAAAGAGAAGGUUGAGAAAACUUAUAUUGAAGUACCAAUACCAAAGAACGGUCCAAGGGAUGCUAUUAACACCUCUCUAAAUGACAUAAGGCAGUCGUUCCUCAAAUCAACGGUCUCUGAUCCUCAGACUAUCCUUCAAGUUAAAGUAGAGCAAGGAACGGAAAAGGAGUACAACAACAAGAAGGAUAGCAAUUUCUCUCUAAUCAAUAGAUAUGAGUCUAUGUUACGUUUUAACGGUUUUAAGGGCGGUUUAGACUCUGUAAAGCGUGAUUUAGAAACUAAAUUACAAAGCAAUGGUAUAGAUACCAACGAAUUACAGCGAAAAUAUCUCAAAGAGUUAGAAACUAGACAAACCGAACAGGCGCAAUCACAAGAAAACCAGACGAACGUUUCAAAUGAGGACUAUCAAACGCUUGCAACCCAAUCAGCAUCAUUCACUCCAGCGACAGCCAGACUACACCUCAGUAGGCAUAGACAAGUCGUACCAGAACCUGAAGUUGUCCAUUCAAGUCCAAGUGAACCAAAAAUCCAGCCUACACCAAGAAAUGAAUUGAUAGAAGAGAACGCAAAGUCAGCAGCAGAGGAGAAGGCCUUCAGAGCCGGUGUCGAAGCCCACAAGAGGUUGCUUGCAUUGAAAGAGCAGGAGGAAAUAUCACGCCUUGAAGCUAUCAAGAAAGAAAAGGAAUCCAGUGAUAAAAAGAAGUCAAUUUGGAACUUAUUUAAUUAGAUAAUAUGCAUAGAUUUCACUUUGGAUCAGCUGUUUUACCACAACCGAGGCAUUUCCGUAAUGACUCGUUUGACAUCCAGUUGUUAAUCAGUGGCUUGAGUUGUGUACCCAAAUCGGUAACGUGGAAUGCUUCUUCACGUAUUAUGUAUCCGCCAUGGGGAUUCUCUGUCGUUAUAUGUGAUGAAUCACGGCAGUACCAUCUCAAUCUAUCAAUUGAUUCGCCUGGUCUAACACGCUCUAUGACGACACCGAUUGUGUCCGCGAACCUAACCGGAUUGUGUGGCACGUUAGGUGGUAAUAAAAACAUAGAGCCUUCUUCAAUGAUAAUAUCUCUAAAUUCACCGCUGUCUACUACCUUCAAACACAUGGAACCCUUGUAUUGAUAAAACCACUCUUCUGUCUCGUUGAGAUGAUAGUCGUUCCUCGCAUUAGGGCCACCGACUAACAUCACAAUGUUAUCUUGUCCAGAGUAAGCGCAGAAGUUGUUUACCGGUGGCUUGAGCUUAUCUUUGUUCUCUUCUACCCAUUUUUUUAUAUUUAUUGGUGGAGAAAGCAUCUUCGUUGUUCU